AUGCUUUCUCGUUUAAUCCCCAAAACCCCCUCUCAUUUCCGUCGCUUUUUCUCUCUCCCUUCCAAACAACCCUAUUUCCCCAAUUCACCAUUCAAUCCUCAUUUCACCGCUCCUCAAAAACCCUAUUCCAACAACAGCAACAACAACAACAACACCAAGGACCCGUUUUCGAAUGUAUGGAAGAAUUUCGGAGAAUCCGAGGAGAAGGUCGACAAUUUGUUUACGGAAGAAAGUGAAAGCCUCGAUGGGAUGAACGAGGUGGAAGGGGAGAGAGUAAGGAAGGAUGCUGAUGAGGAAAAGUGGUAUUUGGAAGAGAAGGGUAUUGAUAAUGAGGAUGAGAAUACUUUGUUUAAAGGAAUUGAUAACGAAGCCGAGGGUAAGAGUAGUGGAAGUGGUGAGUUUGGUAGCCACAUUGAUCAAGCUUGGAACUUGAAAGAGGAUACAGGUGAUGUUUUUGAUUUCAAAGAGGAUGAUGUGGGUAAGGAGGAAGUUGGGGAACUCGGUGUUGUGGAUGGUGAGACGAAAGAGGAUGUGGAGAAGCUUGAGAAGGAAGAGAAAGAACUCACUGUCAUUCUUGAAGGACCAAAACGUGCUUUUGGUGAUUUGAUUGCUGCUUCAGGAAUCACAGAUGAAAUGCUUGACAGUUUGAUUGCGUUGAAAGAUUUUGAAGGGAUUGAUGGGUUGCCUCCUCUUAGGGUAAUAGAAGAUAUUCGCUAUGAGAAGAAUACUAGAAAAUCCACCAGAGCUGAAUUGGAGCGUCUAAAGCAAGAGGAAGCAGCAAAAGCAAGAGUGAGACAAGUAGAUGAUAAAGGACGUGCUUAUGGAACAGGAAGGAGAAAAUGCAGUAUAGCACGUGUCUGGGUUCAGCCCGGUAACGGUAAAUUUAUGGUUAACGAUAAAGAGUUUGAUGUCUAUUUCCCUAUGAUCGAUCACCGUGCUACUCUCCUUCGACCGUUCUCUGAGACAAAGACAUUGGGGCUCUGGGAUGUUAAUUGUACUGUGAAAGGUGGUGGUGUUUCAGGGCAAGUUGGAGCUAUACGAUUGGGUGUUAGCAAGGCUUUGCAAAACUGGGAACCAGAAUUGCGACCUGCACUUAGAAGUGUCGGCUUCUUGACAAGAGAUUCAAGAGUGGUAGAAAGGAAAAAGCCGGGAAAAGCAAAAGCAAGAAAAAGUUACCAAUGGGUCAAGCGUUAA